AUGCCCGACAAAAUGACACAGACGGACCCUCUGCCUGGGUCCACCCCUCAAACGUCCUCAGCCUCUUCGCCUCUAGAAAAAAUGCCACUCGACAUCCACCGUCUCAUCAUAUUACAACUCUCCAGCUUCAACGACCUAGACGCGCUUGUCCACGCUUCCCCACGGGCUCAUCUUGUCUAUGCCCGGGACCGUCUGUCAAUUUUGAGGCACAUGGCUGAACGGGUCCUGGACGGCUUCCUCUACGAUGCCCACGCCGCUUACCUCUCUGGCAAGGCUAGAAUCCAAACAACCCGGUUGAAGGGGACGCUGUGGCAGUUUCUCGAUCAAUACCGGUUUGGCCAAUUCCCAAGCCUCAAGCUCAAGGACCUGAUCCAGUUGGUUCGUUUCCACCGCUUCGUCAUCGAACCUCUCACCAAGCACUACGAGAUCUGGGCUCUGGACGAUCGGCGUUACUAUCCCGAACACAGCUACCCCCUAAGCCGCACCGAAAUACAACGGGUCCAGCGCGCGCUGUACCGGCUCGAAGUGUACUACAACAUCUGUAGUCCGGCGGGCAAGGGGCGGAGUGGGGAAACUUACAUUGAGAAGGCCAAAGAUCGGAUGCGUUUGCUCGCGCUGUUUGCGCCGUGGCAGAUUGAGCAGAUACUUUGUGUCCACGAAUUUACUAUGCAUGUUUGUGAUGAGCUCUUUCGCGAACUCAAGUGGGAGCUUCAACCGCUGCAAGAUAAAGAAUUUGGCGCCAUGGAUGUCCAGAGCGGUGAGGACAUAAGCUAUCUGUUUCUAGACGCCGGACAGUCCAGCAAUCUUCCGCUCGUAUCCACCGUGCUCAAGAUCAGCGACCCCGAGGAACAAGCCGCAGUUCUACGAGAGUGUUUACUCGGCUUGCCCUCGAUAGAUGACGGUCGUGAUUGGAUUGUGGAUGCCACCUUGUGCCACCCUAAACAGAGUUCGCGGGAGAUCCUGCGGGACAUUUUCGACUGCCCCAACUAG